AUGUCAUCAGCGACCAAUAAGGGCAAUACUAUCAGUAACAAUAACAACCCUAAUAGUAAUACUAGUGAAUCGAGUUCUCGCCCUGGUACUGGCUCGUCAUCAUCUAUGGGACCAUUAACUACUAUGUCCGGCACCGGGCCCACCAAUACUUCAGCCACUGUUUCCAAAAACCCUAUUAUCUCGGAUGCACAUGCCACGAAUCCCAAACAACUACUUAAUGCUUAUGUUUAUGACUUUCUUAUUAAGUCGAGGUUACCGCAAACUGCCCGGUUGUUUCUCAAUGAGGCGGAUAUACCUCAGUUUAACGGACCUUUGACUCCGCUGAGUAACUUUUGUGCCAAUCCCAAUACAACGAAUAACACUCCCAAUAGUUCUAAUGGGACCAAUAACGGGAACAGUACUAGUGGUGGCAAUAGUAAUGGUAAUACUAGUGGUAACAACAACAAUAAUAACAACGGCAAUAACAGCUCCAAAAAUAAUAGUGGUAAUAACAAAAACUCUGGUUCUAUAGGUAAAGGGUCAUCCCAGGUGGAUGACUUACCAAAGAUGUCUAUUACCAUGGACACACCCCAGGGGUUUCUUUAUGAAUGGUGGUCUGUGUUUUGGGAUAUAUUCCAGGCUAAGAACAACAGGGAUCUGCUGAACCCAUCACCGUUGGCAUUGCAGUACUAUCAAUUGCAGAUCUUUAAACAGAGACAACAACAACAGCAGCAGCAGCUUCAAAACCAGAUUGUACAACAGCAGCACUUUUUGCAGCAACAACAAACACAACAACAACAGCAGCAGCAUCAGCAUCAACAACAACCUCAUCAACUACAACAACUUCCUCCUCCGCUGGAUAAUCAACAACAGCACCCUCAAAACCAACUGCAAUUGCAACAACAGUUUCUUAACCAACAACCACAGCAGCAACAGCAGCCAUUCAGAGGACAAAUUCCUCAACAGCAGGGCCAACAGGGCGGGCAACAGUUCCUUCAGAGGCAGCAACAACAACAACCACCUCAACCUCAACCUCAACAUCCUGAUCUGCAACCUCAACAGUCAAUACAGCAGCUUCAUAAUCAAAACCAACAGUCACAAAUGGGUAUGCCUACCCUGGCCACGGGUCCCCAACAGAUGCGACAACACAUGGGAGGAGCAGGUAUGUUUGUGAAUCAGGCAGGGAGUAGCAUUCAACCUCCCGGUCCGUCUCCCCCACAACAACAGCAACAACAUCCAACUCAACCUUCUCAGAUGCAAAUGCAGAUGCAAAUGCAGAUGCAAAUGCAACUGCAACAACAUCAAAUGAACCAAGGCAUUCCCCAGCAACAAAUGGGACAACAAAUGCCAAUGCAACAGGAGCGUAUCAACUCACAACCGCAACAGCAACAACCUCCAGGUGCUGGUGGAAGAUCUCAACAAGGUGGUCCACACAAUAUUCCUAAUGCUGGCAACGGACCUCUGCCUUUCAAUCCGUACACUCAAAGUGGAGGAAGUCAAAUGCCCAAUCAGGAUCCAAGUGAUCCCAGCCAACAACCCCUACAACAAGCAUCACAAGCAUCCAACCUUGGUUCUUCUGAGUUUGGAGGGUACCCCGGUGGAUCAUCAGGAAAUGGUGCUCAACCAUUCCCCAACCAAAGAUUUGCAAUGGGAAAUGACAUGAAGAAUAACACCAGAGGAGUAGCAACAGGAGCAGCCGCAACUGGAGCUGGUGUUGUUAAUGGAAAUAACAAUAUCAAUAGACCAUUAUUUCAACAGGGUCAAGCCCAAGGUGGAUUUAACCAACCAGGAAUGGUUGGUGGAUCCGCUGGAGGUGGUAGGGGCCCUCAACCACAACCAGCAUAUGGACAAGAUCAAUUACCUCAGCAACAACUACAGCAACAAAAUCCAACAAAUAACGGAUUUAAGGGAGAUAACCGUAAUAUCACCGCGUUGCAAGAUUAUCAGAACCAAUUGAUGCUUUUAGAGAAGCAGAAUAAGAAACGAUUGGAUAUUGCAAGGAAUAGUAGCGGAUCACUUGAACCAGUUACUGGUGGUGGACUUUCCAACUUUGGAAGCAGCUCACAAGCAGCAACAGGAGGAGGAGAUAAUACUAUUAAGUCAGGGAUGAUGAAUGGUGGGAACAAUAUGGAGAUGACCGACCACUCAAAACCAAAGGGAUCUUCCAACAACAGUCCAGUUAUUCAUAAUAAACCUUCACCUAAUAUGAAGAAGGCCAAAAAGGAAUCAUCGACUCCAACAUUGGCUUCAGCUGUGAAGAGAAGUCUGUCUGUUAGUGCUCGUAGAAUGAGCAAUACCAUGGGGAAUACACCUGGAUCUUCAACGCCAUCUAUGAAUACCAUUAAGAAGGAAUAUUCUACGCCCAUGACCCCAGCUGCUGAAUUAGAUCAUGCGUUGUCCAGUUUUGGGUCUGCAGCAAGCAAUAAUCCGCCUACCGCUGGCAAUGCAGCUGGAGCAGCUGGAGGUAAUAAACGUAAGCGUAAGGUACCACCAGCCGUGACGGAAUCACCAAAGAAGACCAUCAAGAGUUCACCUAAGCUCAAGAAGGAAGAUCAACAGGCGGACCAACAACUACAAUCCAAAGAAGUUACUAAGAACAACAACAACAACAACAACAACAAUAAUAAUAAUAAUAGUAACAAUAAUAAGGAAGUCAUGCCACCACCUACUACUGGUACUGCUAGUGGUACUAAUAAUAGUAGUGUGACGAAAUCUUCAACCAAUAUGAAUGGAGUUGGUAGUAGUGACUCAAUUAUUGGACCUGCCACUAGUAACCUGGGAAUGAACAUGGUUCAAAAUGGAGUGACUACCAUGUCAGAAACAUCUCUUUCAUUAGAGUUUGUUGAUGAUCAUGAAUUGGGACAUGCUUCUGGUGAAUUAGAUGCAGCCUUAACUGCUGCCCCCAGUGACGUUUUCAAUCCUGGAGAUGGCAAUAUUGAUGAGUUGUUCAACUUCAAUCCUUUCUUGGGAGGAGCAGGUGGUGAUCCUAUUGAUGACCAAUUUUCAUGGGAAUAA